AUGGCGCGAACUAGAGGAGCCAAGUCUUCCUCUCCUUCAAGCCACAAGAAAAGCCUACGAAAGGAGCCAAUUCCAGAUCCCGUUUCUGAGCCUCCGCGGCCAAGAGCAAUUUCUCCUCCGGUGAAGCCUGCGCCGCCAAAGCCUCCAGCGAGGCGUUACCUUACCAGGUCAGGGGGUCGGCCACUGCAAAAGAGACUAAGGGUUGAAAGCUCAGAACCCAUUGACUUGAUGGAGCAAUCUCCAGAGCCAUCGCCGGUUCCAACUCCAGUUCCCUCGCCAGUUCUCUCGCCAGUUCCAUCUUCGGUGCCAUCUCCGGCACCGCAAGCAAAACCACAGGAGCCUCAGCCGCCACUUCCCAAGCCCCAAAUUCCAGCUGAAAUAGCUCCGAAAGAAGUACACAAAAAGAAGCUUCAGAGGGCUGAUACCAUUCCCCUCCUCUUUCCAAGGCUGCUUUGCCAAAUUCUGGAGCACUUGGGGUAUUCUUCUGAGCCUCAGCUAGAGCGCAAACGCAUUUGCCGUGAGCUAUUUACUCUCGACAAAUGGAACAACAUGACAGCUUAUAGAGUUGACCAGCCUGAGCGCCCACAACCAGCUGCUAGGAGAGCAUCCCCACGACACAUACUUGAGGGUAUAAUAGUUGCUGCUUCUGCCAUUCCCAGAGCUCCACCAGCUGUUCCAGCUUCAUCUCAGCCAUCCACUUCAGCUAAACUGAGGAUGGUCAUUCCCAUUUCUGAAUACAGAGAGUUGUGUCGUUCAUUGGAGACCCUCACAGCAUCUCAGAGCAUUGUUAAGCCCUCCACUUCUACCACACCAGUGCCACACUCUCAUCCAGCAAAGCCUCAGGCCCCAUCUGAAGCACCAGCUAAAGAGGCAGACCCAUCUGCCUAG